AUGUUUGGCGGGUUUGACCGCCGCUUCCCUGCGCCGCCCGAGUCGUACGAAAACUACUUCAAGGCGUACCAUAUGAGCCGCUUUGGCGGGCGCGAGCGCAAGGAUGUGAGCUACGGCGGCAAGGCCGAUCUGGAGCUCGAGUCGCCGUGGACCUUUGUGCUGCGUGGCGUCGGGCAUGCGCGCGCGCAGCGCACGCACGCGGGCGUCGUGGAGUUUAUCGCGGACGAGGGCAAGGUGUACCUGCCGUCCUGGAUGAUGCGUAUGCUCGAGCUGCAGGACGGUGACCCCAUCCACAUGCAGGGCACGCGCCUGCCGAAGGGCCAGUUUGUCAAGCUGCAGCCGCAGACGGUCGACUUCCUGGAGAUCAGUGACCCGAAGGCCGUGUACGUCUGGCGCGCUCACGCAGGCUCGAGCAGGCAUUGCGCAACUACCCGACACUCACGCGCGGCGACAUUAUUGAGAUCUCGUACAACUGCCUCACGUUCGAGAUCCUGA